CAAAGUGUAGAGACUACAGUAGCAGAGGAAACCGUUAGUGAUGAGAAGUCCAUGCUUAAGCAUGAGCAAAAUAUGACUUUAGAAAGCAAGCCAGUGAUUUCAAAACUAAAUAAAAAAGAAGCUGUAAUGGAAAAGUUGUUGAAUUCAAAUGAAAAUUAUCACUGGAAUGAAGAGUUACCUAAACCUCAAACUGAUGCCCACAAAAAUACAUCCAAUAAAACUAAGCAACAUCAAAGUGUAUGAAAAGAAACCCGAAUUAAAAGAGUUGAAACCCAAGAAAGUUCUUCAAGGCAAAGAAUGCAGGGCAGAGAAAUCUUACUCCGAUUUUCCCUCAAAAGGUGAAAAGUCAAAAAGUUUCCAGUUCUCGGAAAAAAAGAUUGAAAAAUAUUCUCAUUCAUCUAGCAAUGAAAAGAAAAAGGUCUAUACAAAAAAUGAAGAGAGCCCUUCUGAGCAAAGCAGGCAUAAUAAAAAUGAUGUAGGUCACAGCAGCUUCCCGCAAAGUAUGGCGAAAACAGCAGAGAUGUUGUCCAGUGAGGAAUUUGAAGCUCCCACUAUGUCAUUUGAGUCAUAUCUCAGUUAUGACCAAGUCUCCACUAAGAGGAAAAAAAAGUCCUACCUGACAAAUGAACUUCCUAAAAAGGUACAGGUAUGCAAGCAGUAUUGCAAUAUGAAGCAGUCCAGUUCUGAAGCACAAAAAAGUAUAAAAAUUAAAGAAGAGGAACAGGAUAAUGAAACAGAUACUAAGAAGAGAUGUUUAGAAGAUUUGCUUAGUAUACCACUACCAAAGCUGUUACCAGACUACACUAUGCUUCCUUCUCCACCUCAUUCAGAUGAAAGUAAAGGGAAUAUACCAGAACCUGUGGCUGAAAUAAGCCCCGAAACAAGUGGUUUUACUGGAAAACGUUUCAACUCUAAAAUGUUGGUGUAUUCUGGUUCCAAGACAAUUUAUCUGCCUAAGAUGCUUACACUAUAUCAGCAAUGUUUACGAGUGCUUCAGAACAAUAUUGACUCAAUCCAAGAAGUUGGAGGUGUACCUUAUGAAAUCCUAAAGCCAGUUCUUGAGCGUUGUACUCCAGAGCAGCUUAAUCGCAUUGAAGAAUGUAAUCCAGACUUUACAGAAGACUCUGACCACCUGUGGAAGAAACACUGUGAAAGGGACUUUAAAGGGCACAAGCUUUUAGAAUACGAGUCUUCGCGAGAGAUGUAUUUAAGGCUCUUCAGCGCAAGAGAGGAAAAGUUAAAAAUGAUAACUCAAAAUAUCAGUUCAAUAUACUCUGGAAAGCCUAAAGGUCGACAAGUAAAACUCGCUUACAUUCACGGAGAAGCUAAACCUCCCAGACAUAUUCGUCGCAAGCAGGAGAUUAAUGGAACGGCUGGACCUAUUGUACAGCCUCAUCCCAUAGAAAAACACAAAUUACAAAAACCUGAGUCAAAGGAAUCAAGCAUUUCAAAUUCAAAUGCUCCUGCGAGUAAUAGCCAGCAUGGAGGACCAAGUCAAGACACAAAAAAGACUGUAAAGAAGAUUGCACCAAUGAUGGCCAAAUCCAUGAGAGCUUUCAAGAACAGGGUAGGGCCAAGAUGA